AUGCACAAUACUAUCCUCUUAGCAGCCUGGGCUGGCGUGUCUUAUGUUCUCUACAAGAUCAUCUCUUCGAUCAUCAUCUCGCGCCGCCAUGCUGCUGCCGCGCGUCAAUUGGGCUGCUUGCCCGCCCAUCCAAAGAAGCAGUCGCCGCUUGAUCCUCUCGGAAUUCAGAACAUCGCGGAGAUACUCGUGGCGGAUAAACAAGCUCGUCUGCCGCAGUAUCUGAAAGAGCGAGUCGAUGACGCAAGUGACAGAGAGGGCAGAGUCAUCAGCACGUUCCACCAGAACAUGAUGGGUGCCGAAUCUUUCUUCACGGUCGAACCAAAAAACAUUCAGGCUCUGUUGGCUACGCAGUUCAAAGACUUUGGACUAGGAGAAAGGCGAAAUGGAAACUUCUUUCCAUUGCUUGGUCACGGCAUUUUCUCUAGCGACGGCGAGAAGUGGGCACAUUCAAGAUCACUACUUCGGCCUCAGUUUGCGCGAGACCAGGUGAGCGAUCUGGAUCUCGAAGAGGAGCAUGUGCAGAAUAUGAUGCGAGUAAUUCGCACCAACUCGGACGGCUGGACAGACGUUACAGACCUCAAGCCGCUCUUCUUCCGUCUGACCAUCGAUAGCGCCACAGAAUUUCUCUUUGGAGAAAGUGUCGAUUCUCAGCUUGCCGCGCUGCCCGACUACAAGUCCAGCAAACCCCCAAUGGCUGUAAACGAACAAGACUUUGCCAAUUCAUUCGACAAGGCCCAAGGCACUAUCGCCACAGCUGGUCGAUUGCAAGAGGCCUACUGGCUCGUCUACAACAAGGAGUUCAAAGAACACUGCAGACGCUGCCACGCAUUCAUUGACCAUUUCGUCCAGCUUGCACUAUCGAAAGACAAGAGCAGCACUCAGGAGAAGUCACACGGCAAGCAGAAGUACGUCUUCCUUGAUGCGCUUGCAGAGUCAACCCGCGACCCCAUUGAGCUUCGAGAACAAUCCAUCUCAAUCCUCUUAGCCGGUCGUGACACUACAGCAUCGCUACUGUCAUAUGUCUUCAUGGUGCUGUCACAGCACGAGGAUGUCUUCAAGAAUCUACGUAGCAUUGUCCUGGAGUCGUUUGGUACCUAUUCCAACCCACAAGAGAUAACAUUUGAAGGGUUGAAGUCGUGCAACUAUCUGCAGUGGGUUCUGAACGAGACUCUGCGUCUUUACCCAGUGGUCCCUAUCGAUGGUCGCCGUGCCUUGAAAGAUACCACUCUACCUGUCGGUGGCGGCCCAGACGGCACCGGACGUGUCUACGUGAAGAAGGACACGCCGGUAGACUACAGUGUAUACAUCAUGCACCGUCGUAAAGACCUUUGGGGUGCCGAUGCUGACGAAUUCAAACCUGAGCGCUGGGACGGCAGGAAGAGUGGAUGGGAGUAUCUCCCUUUCAACGGUGGUCCAAGAAUCUGCAUCGGCCAGCAGUUUGCUCUAACAGAAGCUGGUUACACCAUUGUCAGGCUGGUGCAGAGAUUUGAGGCCAUUGAGGGUGUUGGGAACACUUGGGAGCCAACAGAGAAGGGUGGCAUGGGAUACGUUAGAAAUGGGUUGAGCUUGACAACUGCACCGGCGGAUGGUGUCAAGCUUCGAAUGAAGGAGGCUAGGGAGUAG